UCGCGAGUCAACAGCUACAGCUCGGAUGUUGCGAUAUCGCUGGCAGCCAAAGAUUGCUGUGGUUGCAGGGAUCAGCUGGGUUGAAACCUCAAUCUAAUAUUUUUUAGAUGUAAAAUUGUCUGGACUUACGUUUUUAGCUGUAGAUUUGUCAAGCGCAGGAUAUAAAGGUUUUUUUGAGGACUCUGCGUUUGGUUUUGUAGAUGAAAGGCUGGCACGAGCUAAGCGUUAGCUAAGAGAAAGAUCACUGUUUUAUUGCAAAUCUAAGCAAUUAAAUAGCUGUAUUUCCAGCUAUGUGGCCCUGGACAACGGCUUCAUUUGACUGAUAAUGGAAAAAUUCUGUCAAAGAGUGUCGAUUCUCGAGUUAAACAACGGGAACAUCGCAGUCGAAGACAUCUUCAGAGGAUAACCUGGGUAACCUUACACGAAAUGUCAUAGCUUCUAAGUAGCUAGCACUUAGCUAGCUGGAUCUUAUCUGGAUGAGAUGGAAAUGGACCUAACGCUGACAUCAUUAUGUUUAGUAGCCGUCUUUGAACAGCUAGAUGGAUAGCUAGAUAGAGGGACAGUUUCUCCCGAGAUGCUUUAGCCUUCUAGGUGGUGUAAUUCACUUACAUAACAGCUAGCUGCUAUACUGCACUGUGUUGGCAAAUGGGAGAAACGCCACAAAAAUCCGGACCGUAUCCACGUCAAUAAAACAGACCGAGACAUCAGCAUCUAAAGCCUCCACUCCAAACAUAUUGUGAAUCUGACUGUAUAAUAGUUGAUUGAUUCAUUCAGCUAAGAGGGACUGAAGCAAAAACAUUGUCCCUUUCAAUUGACCAACAUGAGGAAGUUUUUUGAUUCUCGUCGAGAAUUGGUGAGCUCUGGCCCUGGUUCUGGAGGAGGGGGUGGGAGCUCUGGGUCCAGCCUAGCAGGGAGCAACUUUAUUGGGCGAGGCUUCACCGUGGGACGGCACCAGGUCACCGUGGAAGAGAUCAUUGCAGAAGGUGGUUUCGCAAUUGUAUUUCUUGUACGAACAAAUCAAGGUGUCCGAUGUGCCCUGAAGAGAAUGUAUGUCAACAAUGAGCAUGAUUUGCAGGUGUGCAAACGGGAAAUUCAAAUCAUGAAAGACCUAGCUGGCCAGAAGAAUAUUGUUGGUUAUCUGGACUCUAGUAUCACUGCGAUGGGUUCAAGAGAUGUAUGGGAAGUCUUUAUAUUAAUGGACUAUUGCAAAGGAGGUCAGGUGGUAAAUCUGAUGAAUCAAAGGCUGCAGACUGGCUUCUCUGAGUCUGAGGUGCUGCAGAUCUUCUGUGAUACUUGUGAAGCUGUUUCUUGCCUGCAUCAGCGCAAGACUCCAAUCAUCCACAGAGAUCUAAAGGUGGAAAACAUCCUCUUACACGACAAGGGGCACUAUGUGUUGUGUGACUUUGGCAGCGCUACCAACAAGUUCCAGAGUCCACAAACUGAAGGAGUGGCUGCAGUCGAGGAAGAAAUUAAAAAAUAUACAACUUUAUCAUAUCGUGCCCCUGAAAUGGUGAAUUUGUACAAUAACAAGAUCAUCACUACAAAAGCUGAUAUCUGGGCUCUGGGAUGUUUGCUCUACAAGCUGUGCUUCUUUACUCUGCCCUUUGGUGAAAGCCAGGUGGCUAUAUGUGAUGGCAGUUUCACCAUACCAGAUAACUCCCGCUACUCCUAUGACCUACACUGCCUUAUUAGGUACAUGCUGGAACCGGAGCCAGACAGUAGACCAGAUAUCUAUCAGGUGUCACACUUUGCUUUUAAACUUACCCAGCGGACCUGUCCUGUACAAAACUCAAAGAAUUCCCCACUUCCCUCUAAACUUCCUGAGCCAGUCAAAGCAAGUGAAGCUGCUGCAGCAAAGAAGAGCCAGAAUAAGCCCAGACUGACUGAUCCCAUUCCCACCACUGAAACCUCCAUCACCCCACGGCAAAGGCCCAAGGCCAUUCAUACCCAACCUGGCACUGGCAUGCUACCUAUCCAGCCGGCUGCCCUUACACCGCGCAAGAGAGCCAACAUCCCUGGUGGACCAGCUCAGCCUGUGGGAGUGAGUUUAGACCUGUCUCAGCCGGCUGCAGCUCUACAGUCGCAGAAGGCACAGACUUCCACUCUGAACAAUGCUGGUGUGGCCCCAGCUCAGCAGAAGCAGCCCACUUCAGCUCCAUCAGCAGAGGCUACUACAGCACCAGAGACUGUGAUCAAGACUGAGAUCAAGACUGAGUCCCUUCCACAAUCUCAGAUUCAGGCUUCACCUCAGCAGCCCAACACAACUCCCUCAGUGAUCAGUGUGGCCUCUCAACAAACUAGUCCUCCCAGCCCUGCCCCACCACAACGGCCAGCACGGCGCAAGCAAGGCAGUGUGAGCUCACCCAGCAAAGUGGUCCCAUGUCCACCCACUGAUGUCAGCCCAAAAGUGGCAGAGAUGACCCCACCUGCGUCUCCAAAAACUACUGACGAUCAAGGCCAUCAACGCACACCGAGUGACACCACAGUAGGCAGUGCUGGAACCUCUCCAAAUGACUCACAACAGGCAGUGGGAACUAAUGCGGAUACUGCUGCUAGUCAGAGUACCUCAGAUAUUUCUGCUCAGCCCACUUGGAACCCAUUUGACAAUGACAACUUCUCCAACAUAUCCAAUGAACAGAGCACUAAUGACAAGAAACUUGCAGAUGAGGCUGAGCCAAAAUCUGAGGAAUUAAUACCAGGAUUGCAGGCCUCAGUUGCUGAAAGUAAACUUCAUAAUGUUGAGACACCCUCAAACACUUUGGAUGCAGGAGCCUCCCUCUUGGCUGUUCCUGAUUCUUUCCGGACUCUGGACCUUACAGACACAUCAGAAAAGCUAAUUGAAGGUUUGAAGUCUCCUGACACAUCUUCGCUUAUGCUUCCUGAUCUGCUCUCAUUAUCUGAUCCUUUUGGGGGAGCUAUGGAGGAGUCUGCCAAAGACUCUCUCACUUCUGAGGAGUCUCUCUUAGGGUCUUCACUGAUCUCGUGCCCUUCAGUGCCCCCUGCUGGCAGCAGUGCAACAUCCUCAGUGUCCUCUGCUCCAACCUCAGCUGCCUCUGCUAUGGAUGACUUCAGUCUGCUGUCAGGUGACUCUGCACAUCCUAAAGCAGCAGAUUCUGACCUCCUCAUUUCUGACUUGGAUCCUCCCCCGGCAUCUGCAGAAGCAGGUGAAGAGGAUGAGUUUGAUCCUAUCCCUGUCACUGGUCGAAAGAAUUCUCAAGUUUCAGGAGGGCACUCGCGCAGUAACAGUGGUGGUUCUGAGUCCAGCCUGCCCAGCUUGGCCCGCUCCUUGCUGCUGGUGGACCAGCUCAUCGACCUGUAGACGGCCCCUGUAGAUGCUGUAACUCUGGAUUAGAACCUGGCAUAGUCUAGCAACCAUUCUCAUAGCUAUCUUUGUCCACCCCCCUGCUGUCAGCCUCACUAUGGUAGUUCUCACUGUAGAAUCAUUCAGUAUUUGACUCCUGCUCAUCUGUCAUUCUGAAAUGUCCUUUCUUUAACAUGACACAUUUCGUUUCCCUUCAAGUGUAAAUCAUAACAUUUUCUCAUUCUUUUGGAAUAUAAUUAUGCCAUCCACUUUUCAUUAGGUGUAAGCAGACAAUAGAUGAGUGCUAUAAGGUAAAAUAGGCAUAUUAUAAGUGGUUGUAGGUAUAAUUGUACACACGUGGUGAUUUAUUUUUUUGCCUUUUGAACCUUUUCCACCACAAAUUUAUUUGCACACAGUUAAAGAAAAAAAAGAAACAUUUAUUCCAAUGAUGACUUAAAUAUAAAGGAGCAUCUUGUAGCCUGAUUUGCACAGUAGCAUAAAUGUCUUCUGUGUCACAAGUGGUGAGUGGCCAUUACUUCUGGCUGCUGCCUCUGUUGCUCAAACGUGGAUGCAGUUAUAACUACAUAGGGAGAAUCUUCUGGAGCACAGUUGCUAAUACAAGUGCCAUACAUAAUCUGGGAAAACUGUACUUGCUAACCUAUAUAUCAGGUGACCUGGCCUGCUGACAGACUUGUGGAGGCCAGGCAAUAAGACUCACAGGCAAUAAGACUCACCUUGGCCCCUAUGUAAAUUAAACCAUCACAAGAGGACCCAGACCAGGGGGGUGCAUUGGAUUCUGCUUGCACCUAAUUCUCUCCAGCCCUGUUUAUGGCAAGCCAUAGAUCAGUGUGCCAUUCCAACAGAAGUCCAUUGCAUGGUUACAAGUAUUUACAUAGGACUGUAGAAAAGAUUUUAGCUCUUUAUCAUAAACUACUUUUGGCACUAAGAAAAAAACUGAUGAAGCAUUUAUGAUAAAUAUCACUAUCAUCCAUUCCACUUUGUGCAAUGUUCCUACAUUCCCAUUGUUUACUUCAUUUCUGUAAAUAUCAUUCUGAACCCUUGCAGGCUACUCCCCAGCCAAUUGAUCUGUGAAUAUAUCAUUGUCAUGAAGCUUUACCCACAGAAAUCCUGUUGCUUUAUCUUUGAAGUGGUAUAUAUGAUGAUAUGCUCCAUGUAUAUC